GAAGAGCCCAAGCAGUGGCAUCCGGAUCCGCUCGUAUCGAGAGUAGACCAACGAGGCCAGCAAGCGCUCCAGCCCGAUGGCCAGCAGGCAAUAGCCGGACGCCUCCAGCGGGGUUUUAUUGAUGACGGAUUGCACGAAACAGAAAUGCUCACCAGAUGUCAAAUCGCACGAGUGCUGAAUGAAUGA